AUGGGUUGUGGAAUGAGUAAGCGAGAUGGUGGUGGCAAGCGCCGGAAGGAUAGUUCGGCGUGGGUUCCGUCCUCGGGGAAGCCCCCGAGGUGGGCUACAAUUGGGCCGCCUCUGAGCGGCCAGCCGGCUACGAGGGGCGGCGGCGGGGAGAGCCAGGACAACCACCGUCCGGGGGUGGUGGCUUGUCGGCCAAGGCCGACGAGCUAUGCGCCGACCGGCACUUCAUUUACCGAAGAGGACUGGAAUGUCCUCACGCUGGCAGGGGGCCACAGCGGCGAUUUUGCCCGGCGCGCCGGGAAGCCGGACGCCGAGGCCGCAGCGGCUGCCGAGGCCGAGAGGCGCCGCCGGCCGAGAGGCGGGGCCGUCAGUCGCCAGCCGGCUGUCAAGAAGCGCCGCCGCCCGGACAGGUGCCCGAAGCGGCUCCCCGCGAUCCCGGAGGUGUGA